CGCCCGCCUGCUCAUCACCCGCACGGCCAACCGAGCUCGACGCUUCGCCCUUCCACACUGAUCAUCGCCUCGGUGCUCGUCCAGCCAUGUUCACCGGCUCGUACCCGUCCACCUCGCCCGCCUCGUUCUCGCGAGAGACGAGCUUCCUCCAGCAAGCCGUCGCGCGAGGCCAAACUUCGCUGCACGGCCCCAGUGCCGCCAACGGCCGCGACGAGUCGGCUCUCGAUACGGAGGGCGCAGCAGACGAGGAGCGCGGCCGUGCGGCGGCAAAACGGCGCUCGGGUGCGGGGCGGGCCUCGCGCUCGUCCUUCUCGGUCGAUGGACGGCUGAGCCCGACGCAGGAGGGAGAGGAGGAGGCGACUGCGAGUGAGGGAGAGGGGGUGCAGCAGCCGCUGUUGUCGAGGGAACGCCACGCUGGCCAGUACCGCCCCUUGAGCGAGACGACGCCGCUCCUCGGCCACUCGGCGACGACCGACGGCGUAACCUCUGCCGCCGAGGACGCCGCCAUUCGCGACGCCCGCACCCUGCGCGACGACGCCAACUACAAGCGCGCCGUCGCUCACGAGACGCGCACCCUGUUCAGCUACACCGUCCCCAUCCUCGCGACCCACUUCCUCGAGUACUCGCUCAUGGCGACCGUCGUCGUCGCGACGGGCCACCUCGGCGAGACCGAGCUCGCGGCAGCGAGCCUCGGCAACCUCACCAACAACGUGAUCGCCCUGAGCGUCAUCCAGGGCCUGUGCGCCGCCCUCGACACCCUGUGCCCGCAAGCCUACACGUCGAGCAACCCGAAGGACACGUCGAUCUACGCCCUGCGCACCUUUGUCCUGUGCAGCAUCGUCGCCAUCCCGCAGGCCCUGUUCUUCUGGAACGCCGAGUGGAUCCUGCGCGACGGCCUCAGGCAGGACCCGGACGUCGCCUACCGCGCCGGCCAGUACCUGCGCGUCCUAAUCCUCGGCCUGCCCGCCUACUCGGGCUUCGAGUGCAUCCGCCGGUGGCUCCAGGCCCAGGGCCUCAUGCUCGCACCCGUCCUCGCCCUCGUCGCCGCGGCGCCGCUCAACGUCCUCCUCAACUGGCUCCUCGUCUGGGGCCCGAUCGACGCCCUCAACCUCGGCUUCCUCGGCGCGCCCAUCGCGACGACCGUGUCGCUCAACGUCAUGUGCCUCGUCAUGGUCCUGUACGCCGUGUUUGCCGCGCCUCGGGACGCCUGGGGCGGCCUGAGCAAGGACUGCCUGCGCGACCUCGGCCUCAACCUGCGCCUCGGCAUCUCGGGUAUCGGCAUGGUCGGGUCCGAGUGGUGGUCGUGGGAGAUUGUCUCGCUCGCGAGCUCGCUCCUCGGCUCGACGGCGCUCGCGGCGCAGAGUGUCCUCCUCACGUCGGCUUCGUUCUUCUACCAGGUCCAGUACGCGCUCUCGGUCGCCGCAGCCGUCCGCAUCGGCAAUCUCCUCGGCGCACAGAAGCCGCACCUCGCCCGCAUCGCGUCGCGCUGCACCAUCUUCAUCGCCAUCGCCGUCUCGGCGCUCAACUCGGUCCUCCUCAUCCUCGUCCGCCACCGGUGGGGCUCGCUCUUCUCGUCCGAGCCCGAGAUCAUCCGCAUCGUCGCCAAGGUCCUGCCGCUCGUUGCCGCGUUCCAGCUGUGGGACGGCCUCUCGGGCGCCAUGGGCGGCGUCUUGCGCGGAGCGGGCAAGCCGACGCUUGGAGCUAUUAUUAACACCGCGAGCUACUACGUGCUCGGCCUGCCGAUCGGCAUCUUUGUCGCGUUCGCCGGACCGCACAUGGGCCUGAGCGGUCUCUGGCUCGGCCUCACGAUCGCCCUCACCUUCACCGGCAUCAGCUCGACCUGGAUCUGCUGGAAGAUGGACUGGGAGAAGGAGAGCGAGACGACGAGGGUCCGGCUCGGCGAGGCCAAGCGGCCCGUCGAGGAGGAGGCGUAGCCAGAGCGACGAGUCGCUAUUCUCGCAACGUGCAUGCACGCGUCCUCUCUGCCAUCC